AUGAAAUUCCUUACGUUAACAAUUGCCUUAUUAGGCUAUGUGAGCGCAAACUUCCUCAGUUCUUACCCUCAUUUCUUUAUUAAGAGCUCAGCUGAUGAUGAUGCAAAUAAAAGCUUAAAGGAAAUCGUAAAGGAGAAUGGAUUCGCAAUUGAAUAGCACACAGUGACCACUGCUGAUGGAUACAUCUUGACAUUAUUCAGAGUCCCAGGGUUUCUUAAUGAAACUAUCUAAGAUCCCAUUAAGAAACCAGUUGUUUUACUUCAACACGGUUUAGAGGCUGACGCUGACUGUUGGGUUAUUAAUAGUCCAGAUGUCACUCAUACCUUCGUAUUAGCCAGACAAGGCUUUGAUGUCUGGAUGGGCAACAACAGAGGAAACAAGUACAGUCUCGCACACAAGACUCUUGACCCCAAUGAUCCCGUUGAUAAACCAAAGUUCUGGUAAUUCUCCUUUGAGCAAAUGGGAAUUUAUGAUUUACCCGCUGAAAUUGAUUACAUUCUAGAAGUUACUGGCCAAGAGAAACUCUCCUAUGUUGGACACUCAGAGGGCACAACUUAAAUGUUUAUUGGAGCUUCAUUGAACCAAGAAUACUUCAAAUCAAAGGUAAAUGUGUUCCUUGCUCUGGCUCCAAUAACAAGAAUUGGGCAUGUCAGAACUACCUUACUAAAACUCUUAGCUGAUAAUGUUGAUGCUGUUCAACACUUGAUAAUUGAUGAUUUUGGAAUGUAUGACAUGUUCGGACCAGAUUGGCUAAGAGAUCAAGUCACUGCAGCAUUUUGCGACACUAAACUUGGAAGUUUGAUUUGUGACGCUUUCCUUGAGAUGAUUGGAGAUAUGGAUGUCUCAGUUGACAACUUGAGCAGAGUAAAGACUUAUUUAACUCAUGUUCCUUCAGGUUCUGGCUAUAGAGAUUUCGUUCACUACGCUCAAAUCAUCAACACUGAUCGAUUCCAAAGAUACGACUUCGGAGCUGAUAUUAACCUUGAUAAAUACAACUCAACUAUUCCUCCUCUCUACCCCAUUGAUCAGAUCAAAGAUUUCCCAAUUGCACUUUUCGGAGGUACUCUUGACGAACUAGGUUCCGUCACUGACGUCGACUGGACUAACCAAUAAUUGGGAAAUAAUGUUGUCUUCUAUGGAUAAUAUGAACUUGGGCAUAUGUCUUUCCUUAUUGCUAAAGAUAUGACUUUCUUCACAGUUGAUGCAGUUAACGUUAUCAAGAAGUACUCAACAAACUCUUUUGUAUAACAAGGAUUUCUCUAAGAGUGA